AUGGCGUCACUCCCAAACCUGCCUAUGCAGACUGGCAUAAGCUUGAUCAACAGUUGCUCAGUUGGAUCAAUUCUACACUCCCUCCUGGCGGGCUAUCUCAAGUUUGUCGUUGUCUUACAGCUCGUGAUGCCUGGAUCUCAUUGGAGAAAUGUUUCAAUUCGUAGUCCAAUUCUCAUGACUACUCUUAUUGAUAGUUUGACUCUUGCUAGAAAACAUGUGGAUGAUGAUGAUCUUAUUGACCUCAUUCUUAAUGAUGUCAGACCGGCGUACGAGAGCGCCGUCAACUCUAUUCAGUCCUAUGACCCUCCUAUGGCCCUUGAUGUUGUUAUUGCCUUUUUAUUGACUGCUAAGACUCGUGUGACGUGGAAGGUUUGGACUCGAGAAGCCUUCGGUCUGUGGUGUCUUCCCACGAGGGGUAAUGCCGGAUUCUGCCUGGGGAGAGAAACGGCAAGUGAAGCCUAUGACACCAGUGUUGUGCCGGCCGAAGGUCCUCCGAUGCCAAAAUUAGUGACUAAGAGCGAUUCUAUUGACACAGUGAAAGCACAAGUCAAGUAA